AUGCCGUCCAGCUCCAGUCGCCGCCGCCCGCUGCGGCCGCUCGUACCUGGCCUCCUCCUGUUCCUCCUCGCCAUGGCGCCUCCACCGCCGGCUUCCGCGGUGGGUGUGAACUGGGGCUUCGCGUCCUCCCACUCGCUCCCGGCGGCGCAGGUCGUACGGGGCCUCCUCCUCCCCAACUCCGUUCCCCGCGUCCGCCUCGCCGCCGCCUCCUCCGACGCGCUCGCGGUGCUUGCAGGCACCGGCAUCGCCGUCAGCGUUGGGGUCCCUGACGCGCUGCUCCGGCCCCUCGCCUCCUCCACCAAGGCCGCCACCGCCUGGGUCCACGACAAUGUCACCCGUUACUCCUCCAGCGUGCGGUUCGAGUAUAUUGUUGUUGGGGAUGAGCCCUUUCUUCUACGUCAUGGACAGAAUUUUCAUCCUUUUGUAGUUCGUGCAGCAGAAAAUGUUCAACAAGCAUUAGUCCAUGCAAAAUUGUCUGGCAAGAUGAAGGUGGUAGUACCUUGUAGUGCUGACACAUUCCAGAAUGCAUCUACCCUGCCCUCGAAAGCUAGCUUCAGAUCUGAUGUUAACAAGACCAUGGCAGAUCUCCUCUCAUUUCUUGCCAACAGCAGUUCUCCAUUUAUGGUCGAGCUGGAUCCAUUUUUUAGCUUUCAACACAACAAAAAUAUGUCAUUGGACUAUUACCUUUUCCAACUAAUGUCUCAUCCUGUAAAAGAUGGUCAAAACAAGUAUGACAACCACGUUGAUGCAAGCAUAGAUGCUCUGGUUACUUCUCUAACCAAAGCUGGCUUCAGUGACAUGGACAUCAUUGUUGGGAGAGCAGGAUGGCCAACAGAUGGAGCUGUGAAUGCAACUCCUGCUAUUGCUCAGUCGCUCAUGACUGGCCUAGUCAACCACCUGGCCACAAAAGCAAAGUACUAUGCCAACAUAGGUCAAGGUCCUAAAUCACCAAGAAUACCCCUGAUGUCAAUUACCUUCUAUCAAAAUGGUGUGGUAGACAACAAUAAGGAUUUGUCCAAUGUUUCUUCUAGUUUCUCGUCAGCUUUGCUCCAAUGGCGACUGCACUUUCUGUUACCUGGUGGCUCCUGCUCAGGUCUUGCCUGGCCUGGUAAUGUGUCAUAUAUGCUCAACAACUACUACCAGCAGCAUGAUCAGAGUGAGGAUAGUUGCUACUUCAAUGGCCUAGAGCACAAGGCACCACCACCAACCAUGGCAUUCUUCCGCCUGUCCCUGCUGGCGCGCGCUCACCUGCCUGGCGCUGCUCGCCGCGUCGACGGCCGCGCAACGGGCGCCGCCGAUGGCUUUACCCCGUCGUCGUCGCCUUCGGUUCGGGGCCUGCCUGCACUGGCGGAGCGGCUGGAGGGCGCGGAGACGCAGCAGUGCUGGGAGGCGCUGGUGGAGAUCUGCCGCACGGGCGAGAUCAUCAUCCUCUUCAUCAAGGGCGAGGCGUUCCUGGGGCCUGGUGCUGCCGCGCCAUCCGCGUCAUCGAGCAGAGCUGGGGCGCUGACUCCGUGCUGUCCAUCAUCGGCUUCACCCCGCAGGAAGGGGGACAUGCUCAAGGGUACUGCAACGCGGGUGGCGACAACGACGGCGGCGGGCAGAGCGGCUCGCCGCCACCAAGCGGUGCGGACGCGGUCGAAAGCUGCUGCCCGCGAGAGCGUCGCUGCCGUCGCGGGAAGGAAGAGCUCGAUGCACAGAUAG